GGGAGCUAUCAGCUAAGAGAGAGAGAGAGAGAGAGAGAGAGAGAGAAAAAGAUGGCGCUGAGAGCUUGUGCAUCCUCUGGGUCAUCGAGAUUUCAGGCAGUACCAUUGUCGUGAACAUUGCAUCAAAGUCUUGACAAGUUUCUAUCAACUCCUGUUGUCCAUCAAGCAUUGAGAUAACACACUCCAAUCAAUCCUCUAUCGUCUUUCUCUAAUUAUGGUUAUUGUCUUGAAUUUGAAGAUAAAGUUUAUUGAAGGCCACAGGUAUCCAGUCCAUAGGCUCUCGCAGUUUGCAUGCACUCAGAACUUCCAAUCAUUUCGAACAUGUCCAAUAAGAAGAGCAAACAUUGCACAUUUCAGUGAACCAAAUAAAAAGAUGGUGCAUGUGUAUCGUUUCAGAGAGAGGCUGUGGGCUUCUCUUCCUGAGCCAGUGAAAGAGUUUCCUUGGAGGAAAGCAGAGGAUCUGGUGCUGCAGCACUUGCUGAUACAUGGAGAGAGAGCAUUGAAAUGGUCUCUGAUUACAUUGUUCAUUUUUAGCUUCUUAUCAGACGUAAUAUUUUCUGUUGUGAGAAACAGAGAAUUAAUGGUACCUCUAGGUCUUUUCAUUGGCUGCACACUGGCUGACUUCUUGAAGGAGACUUCUAAGGAAUUGUUUGAAGGCAUCAAGGAAGGAGGUUUGAGAUGGCACCUUCUUGGCAUUGGUUCUUUCUUUGUUCUUGUUAAGUUUGUCUCUGUGUAUUUCACAGUGCAAGGACGUGUAUUUCUUUCCCAUGUUGGGAACGGCGGGUUGAUGCAGGUUCUAUGGUUAUGGAGAAAACUACUGGAGGAAAGAGAAUCUGUUAAUGUGGAGCUGUUGCACCAAAAUGAUUUUAAAUCCAACAAUGUGUAAGGUUGAAAGGCACAUUUGGUUCCCUGCAUUCCCGAGGGAUUUGGCCAUACUGCAAUUUUGUAGUCAAGCAUUUUCCUCCUUUUAGUAGUUUUGCCAUAAUUUCGUUAAA